UCUCCUUCUUGUUUUUUUUUCCCAAUAAAUUUGGCUCCUUCUGGGUUGAGUUCUAGGUAGUGGUACCGUAGACACCGUAAAGAAUUACGGUGUCUCCUCCAACAAACCACAAAGAGAAAUGGGGAAGGGCUUGAUAUGGGCGACGGCAGAGGAUUUGGCGAGGAACAGGGGAAAAGUGCUUUCUCUUUACCGGCAAAUUCUGCGGAGCCUGAACUCGCCGGAGCUUCCGCUUACUUGGGCCGCAAGGCUAUCGAAGAAGGCGGAGGUUAGGGCCAUCUUCUUGGUCGCUUCUGAAGAGCGUUCUCUCCACAACAUUGCUGAUCUUAUUGAUGUCGCCGAGUACUCGCUUUCCCUUUUGAGAAAAGGCCAAAUCCCAAAAUUUCCCCUCAUUUGAGUAGCUCAGUAUCUUUGUCGCUUUCCGUUUCACAAAGCUGAAACAUGUCAAUUUUACUGAAGGGUUUACUGAUGGGAGACUACUACUUGCUUCGUUGAAUGUAAAAGACAAGACUUGCUUUUCGGAGUAUGCCAAUGUAAAAAGAUAUCGGGAAGGUAUUUGUGCCUUUAAAUUGUAAGCGAAAUGUAAACUAAGGAGCUACUUUAUGCAUUGUGUGCUCCCUUGUAGAUUUUACUAGUACUAAAAUUUGAUUUAUAUAGAGAUCGAAAUGGUUCUUGCCCAAUUUUUCUUAUUAAUUCCUUAUUUUCAUGACCUUUUUUUUUAGCUGGACUUGCAGAGGAUCAUUCUAGGUUCUAUAGCAUGCUUUUGAAACCUUAUGUUGUUUCCUUUGAGUACUGUCUGAAACCUUAACUAGCAUUAAAAUGAUAGUGGG